UUUUUGAGCUAUAUAUAAUUAUUACCUGUAUAUAACAGCGUGACGACACGGCGCAAAUGAUAACAAACUUUUAUUGUACUAGAUGGUACGAACAUUCUCGUCUAGAAAAUUAUGAACCAGAAAAAUUGGAUAUCGAUUUAGUGUGAAACAAAUUACGUUUAUCUAAGUCAUUAAAAUUGCUGAGACAUGGCGGAGAGACGCGAUGAUAGGAGUUACACGUAUGACCCUGUGUACCGCCAUCUUCUGAGGGCCAGGGAGCUAAGUCAACUUAACGACGUUCCUCAGGACCUGAAGGCUGAAAUCAACAGGGCUGUAGAGUUGUUACAGCAAAGAUGCCUAUAUUGUGAAGACCAAACAACAAAGCCUAGUCCGGCCCUUGACCAUCUGAUUAAGGAGACCUUCGCUUAUCCGUGGGAAGAUGCUCACAAAGAAGGCAGGGUGUCAUACUAUGCGACUCCCAGGAUGUUGACAGGGAAUGAUGAAGCCCAGUUAAUAAAACUGAUAACAAGUGCCAGCAAGGCUAACAUGGCACUGGAAAUUGGACUUUACACUGGUUGUUCAUCACUAGCGAUGGCGGAAGCGCUUCCUAAAGACGGCAAAGUGGUCUCUUUGGAAAUUGACAAAGGCAUCGCGGAUGUGGCAAGAUCUUUUCUAGAUAGAUCACCAGUAGGGAAUAAAAUCGAAAUUAUGAUAGGACCAGCUUUAAACAGCUUGGAAAUCUUGGCGGAGAAACGAAUGAAAUUUGAUGUUAUUUACAUCGAUGCCGAUAAAAAAGGAUAUGUUCAAUAUUACAAGACGAUUUUUGAAAAAGAUCUGCUCGCUUCGGAGGGAACGAUCAUUGUGGAUAAUGUUUUGAAAAGUGGAGACCCGUACUCGGGAGAGAAGUAUGAAUCGAACUCGGAUGCGAUAGUGGAAUUCAACGACAUGGUUCUCCGCGAUAAAAAUGUCCACAAGGUUAUGAUUCCCGUGAGAGAUGGAGUAUACCUCAUCAGAAGAAUGGAGGACACGGAUAAAGCCUAAUCACGCUGUACUGAUUUAUAUACAUGUAGCAAUGUUAAUAAAUGAUAGCGAAUUCCUA